GUCAACGACUGAAACACAAGGAACAAUACCACCAAGAUACACUGUUGCUGCCGACUGGUCCUAUACAUAAGAAAAAUAACCUAUUUGCAAACAAAUAGCAGAAUUAUUUUCUACACCAAGGAAUUAAAAUCUCUUUUUGAGCUGCAGUUCUAACAGCUUUUAACCAGCAGUUACUAGUGGUCCAGCCCCUCAUGUACUUGUCAGCUAUAGCGGUCAAACUGGUUUUUCGCCGUUAGCUUAAGUACAUAAGCGCAACAUGCAAAUCCAUGUGGACUAAUGUCACAAUUCCGAAGAGCUUUUCUAGAUACUUUGGCUCUGUGUGAGUCUAGUUGAUAUUCUAGCAGUGAAUUUUAACUCCUAGGCCUAGCUUUUGAUACCGGUAUGCGAUGAGGACAUAUGCGACUAUUGAUGGAAGUGGCAUUAAUAAGGACAGCCAGUCCAUGGGUCUGCUGGGCUGGUUUCAGGAGCUGGUUGGCGGGCAUCAGGAACAGAGGAACUGGAAGGGGAUCAUUAUAUCUCUGCUUGUGAUCAUUCUCAUUUGCACCAUAAUCAUCAUCUGUAUCCUCAUAGUCACUCCAGGUAAAGAUGAGUCUUUUUAUGAAAAUUACACAUUUGAUGACAUCUUCCGGAAUGAAAGCUUUCAGAUUAAGAAGUUUAAGUUGUCAUGGUUACAAGAAGAGGGUUAUGAUACUACAUUCAUUUAUCAAGAUGUGAAUGGUAACAUAAUGAUAGGCAAUGCCAACUCAACUCCAGGCUAUCAGGUCAUGGACAACAGAACAUUGUUUGGUAUAGAAGCAUCAAUGUUCUGGUUGAGUCCACGCAUGGAGACCAUGGCGGGUACGAAUACGGAAUUCAUGUACUUGCUACUCGCAUGCAAAGUUCAGAGGGUAUUUCGACACAGUUUCAAUGCAAAGUACAAAGUCUACAAGAUAUCGCUAGGCAAUUACAACGCUGGUGAAGGUGAUGAGGAUGGAAAAUUUGUGAUGAAUGUAGAGGUACCAGGGAUGCUUACGGACGAUUCUUUGCAACUUGUACAGUGGUCACCACAUGGAAACUCAUUGGUGAUUGUGUACAAAAACAACAUUUACUUCAAAGAAAGUGUUUCAAACAAUGAUAAGGCAAUUCCGAUAACGUCUGAUGGCGAAGAUAACCAAAUUUUUAAUGGAAUUCCUGAUUGGUUAUAUGAAGAAGAGAUACUCCAUGGAAACUCUGCAAUAUACUGGUCUACAAGAAACAGAUUCGCUUACAUUCAAUUUAACGAUACAAACGUAUUGUUAGGUUGGUGGCCUGUGUACGAGAAUAACAUCUACCCAAAGCAGAGAAACGUGACCUAUCCGAAGCCAGGUGAGAUCAACCCGACUGCGAAAUUGUUUGUUGUGCAGGAUGCAACACAGCACAAUGGUCCAUUAGAAAUCAAAAUGCCUAUGGAGAGUAGCCUGAAUUUUGCAGAAUAUUACAUCCAGUCCGUGGCAUGGGCCUCCACCGAAGAGCUUGUUGUCACAUGGAUGAAUCGGCCGCAGAAUAUCUCGCUGAUCACCAGGUGCAACGUGGGUAGGCAGGAAAGAGGCGAGGUUACUUGUAAAAAAGUAGAAGAGCAGAAAUCAGAAUCAGGAUGGGUUGCACAGCCUCCAGCUCCUGUCUUCACAACAGAUAAAAGAAGUUUUGUACAAAUUAUGCCACAAAACGAAGGCAGAGACUUCAGACGGUUUAACCAUAUUGUGUACUUUAAACAAGACAAUCCCUUUAUACGUUUAACAGAAGGAGAGUAUGAAGUGAGCAAAAUCUAUGGAAUAGAUAGUGAAAAUAUUGUGUACUUUGCUUCCAAUAAGGAAGGUUAUGGGACGAAAAACAUUUACAGCGUACAAACUUCAAAGCCGUUUUCAGUGAAAUGCCUAUCAUGUGGAACUUCUUGCAGUGGAAAAUGCAGUAAGGGAUGUUUAGGUUGCGAAUACUUUGAUGCAACAUUUAACCCAUCGCUAACAUGGCUUUUACUGAACUGUGAAGGUCCGAGUAUUCCAUGUUCGUGGAUUCGACAAACUCGUGCAAUAGGUGGUAGAGCAAUUGAAGAAUAUCUUGUUGAAAAUAAUACAGCUUUACAGAAGGCGAUUGAGGGGAAGGGUACUCCCUUAAAAGUUCCUAAAAAAGAAUUUUUAACGUUGAAAAACGAAAAGGAUCAAGAUAUACAUGUGCAGCUUAUAAUGCCUGUAAACUAUGAUGAUAAACGUAAACAUCCACUUCUUGUUAAUGUCUACGGUGGCCCAGGUUCACAGAAAGUGACAAAAGCAUUUGAGAUGGGCUGGAGCAUGUACUUAGCAUCAAAAUUUCACGUAAUAACGGCCAGUAUUGAUGGGCGCGGGUCUGGAGGAAAAGGAGAGAAGUUUAGACAUGAGAUAUACAAAAAGUUUGGAACUGUAGAGGUCAGAGAUCAAAUUGAUAUCACAAAGGAAUUGUUGAAUACGCUGCCAUACCUAAACCCAACCAAAGUUGCUAUAUUUGGCUGGUCUUAUGGUGGAUUUGUAGCGGCUUCUGUAGCGGGUUCCUCAUCAAAUGUGUUUAACUGCAGUAUAGCCGUCGCCCCGGUUACUGAUUGGAGAUACUAUGACUCUGCCUACACUGAGCGAUACAUGGGGGAUCCUUUAACCAAUAAGGACGCAUACUCAAAAGCUAACGUGUCAGCUAAGGCCAGUGCAUUCAAAGAAGUUCAGUUUUUAAUUGUCCAUGGAACCGCUGAUGACAAUGUUCACUUUCAAAAUUCAGCUGACCUGGUGAGGGCGCUUGUUCAAGAAGAAGUUGUACACCAGACACAGUUUUACCCCGACCAAGCUCAUUCUUUGGAAGACCCUCAUGUUCAGCUUCAUCUCUACCGGCUACUUACCAAUUUUUUGAGGCAGUGUCUAAGCUUAGAUUCAACACCUCCAGUGUAAUGUAUAGGAAUUGUUUUUACUUUUUGAUAACUUGGUGACAAAUAAUGGUAUAUGGAAAAUUUAAACUCAUGAAAGAGUUAUAUUUUAGGGGGAAAUUAUUUCAAAAAAAUAUUCUAUCGAAGACAAAAUUGUGGACUAUUUAACCAAUUGAAAUUCUAGAAUUAUAUAGCAGAUUUUUAUUGAACUAAGAAUGAAAUUGUGUGCAAUUAGUAGUAUGGGGUGGACAGUGUAGUGAAGAAUGUCAAUUUAGAGAGUUUAGAGUUCACAGAGCUUAUAUUUUUUUCUAAUAUUUUCAUCGGGUUCAGUGAAUAACAUAAAUACUCUAUUAUCAAAUGAUGAUGGUAGGGUAUUGAAAUCACAACCGUAAAACCUCGAAUUGAAGCCCAGUGGACUUAAUCUCGAGAUGAAGCCCAUCUCAAAUUGAAGUCCCCCUCUUUAGUUUGCAAAAUUAUCCUUGAAAAGAAGCCCAUCUCGAAAAGAGGCCCAUGGCCUUCUUUUCAAGAUAGCAUAGGCUUUUUUUCGAGAUACGGUAGAACAGUACACUGUACAUGAAUUUCAGAAAACAAAAUAAAUUAAAUACAAGCUUGGUUUUUAGAGUAGUUUAGGUGAUUUAAUGCCAGUUAAAUAAACUCCAUGAUACAGAUUGAUGUUACAGUGGCCUUAUUCACUGUAUUAUAAUACAAAUUUAGAAAAUUUACAGCACUCAUUUUGAAAAGAAGGCCCCCCCCCCUCUCUACUUUGCAAAAAUAGUCUUGAAAAGAAGCCCAUUUCAAAAAAAUCCCAUCAAAAGUUCGCAAAAAUAAGAAGCCCAGAGCUCCAAUUCGAGGUUUUACAGUAUUAUAAUUCAAUCCAAUGACAAAAAUACCCAACAAGUAAAGUGCACCAUGAAUAUGUAACUAGAAUAUGUAACACAAAAAUCUAUACAAACGGUUUAUUUCCAUUGGGGUCUAAUUAGGUCUUAGUACCAAUUAUUCAUUAAAGAAAAUUAAGAUUUUAAAAAUCAGAAUCAUUUCUAAUCAUUAAUAAAAUUAUUAUUAUUUUACAAUGCACCAAUUUAGAAUUUUGCAAUACUAAAGCCAAUUAUGUUUUCAUAAUCUUAUAUUUUGAUUUUAUAUUAUGGAAUGAAUACUAAAUAAAACUAAGUAUAUAUGUUUUUGAUUUUCCCCCAAACACUAGGGUAAUGAUGUCAAGUGCAUAUAAACUUUGGCAUAAUGCACUCUAAGACAUAAUAUUCUUAUUGAUAUGGUUAUGCUUGUAUUAUCAUUAAUUUUAUAUAAUUAUUAUUAUUAUUAGUGUAAUGAUAAUGUCAACUGAAUCUUGCAUUCCUUAAAUACAAUUACAUUUAUUAAACAUUAUUUUAUUAUGAAUAUAUUGUUGUCAAUAUUUGCCAAACCUAAAGGUAAAAUAUGAAUAUCAUAUAGUAUUAAUUCUGUUAUAAUUGUCUUCUUUCAAUGGCUACAAGAUGUCUUUCGUGCUGUGACUGCAACAUAUUUUUUGAGUGUUAAGUUGUACAUAAUUUUGUUUGUAUAUCAGUCAAUUUUUGAGGGAAAAAAAUAUAAUUGUUUACUACUCAUGAAUUUUAUGAUUGAAAUAGUCAAAUGCAUUGGGUUUUUUUUUUUUUUUUGCUUUAUUUUGGUAAAUUGUAAACUUCAGAUAUAUUAUAGUUAUAGGUCUAGUAAACUUUUCUUGGCUUCAGUACAAUUUUAUUUUACAUUGUACCGAAUAUAUUGAAUUUAACUUGUUUGCUGCCAUGGCUAAUACCCGUCUUACAGAGUGUUAGGAACAAGUAUAGUCAUAAUACCCUAUUCUAUCAUUGUAUUUUAUAUAAUGACACUGGUGGGGCUCCUAGGGUCACAACUGCAUAAAGCAUGUACAAAUGGUGAUUUAGGGAAGGCCACGUAUCGUUCGUUAGUGUGAAUCUAUAAUCACAGGAGUUACACAGACUUGUGGUGUCAAAAUAAUGUUGGUGUCCAUAUGGCAGUGAACAUGUUCAAUAAUAAGUUUAGUUAACAUACAGUAUGGUACAUACCAACCAUAGGCUUAGCCAGCGAGCCGUCUUUUGGAUGGCCUACAAUUAUUUAGGACGGCCACUUUUACUGUGACGACUUAGACGGCUUGUCCUAAUCAGCUCGGCCUAGCCUAAUUUGGCCUGGUCUACCUUUAGCAAAUUCUUUAUAUUCUUCAAAUCUAUCAAAUGUUACAUUAAACUAAAGCUAAAUCAUAUUUACGUUUGAUAAAAACAACAUUUAUUGAUUGAAUGUACAUUGUUUUCGUACCAACAUUCGGUGGGGAUUCCCAAAGAUGGGGUGGCGUUUUUCUCGCUAAACCCCUGAUUACCAACUGAAAAAUUAUGCAAAAUAGAGUAUAAAAAUUGGGUUAUUUAUAUUUGAUAUGCUUAAAAAUGCUUCCAUUAAGACUGUAGGACAAGCAUAUUUCAUAUAUAUCCCCACUGAAACCCGUAUUUAGACUUAAUAGUGUAAGCCGUCCCAUAAGUACCCAUAAAAGUGGGUUAGCCUUAAACAUUAGCGUAGAGUCCACUUGGUUGAACAUCCUGGAUGGGUCGUGUGCCCUAGGCUUCUCUUCUCUAUUCUCCUGUAUGAAAUUUCUACUUGAGUGGAUGCCGUUGUUCAAGGGUAGGACCGUAGGUAGCCUUUCUCCUCUGGAUCUGUGUAUGUUCCUGGGUAUAUUGAGUAUAGGGUAUAUUGUUUCCAUUAGUUUAUUCUAACCAUUAUUUGCUUAUAAUAAUAAAUGCAACUGCUUUUAAUAGGUCUAAUAAUACAAUCUACAGUUAUUAGUACACCCUUUAUUACAAGACUAUGUAUUAUUACAAGACUAUGUAGUAUCAGAAAGAGGUAUUUACACAUAUUUAUUGAAUACUCACCUUUUAUUAAUGAUAGGACUUAAAAUACUAUCUAUUUCAUAUACUCGGUGAGUAGAUAUUGGAAUUUGUACAGCCUGUAUCAGUGCCAAUAUCUACCGCUGAAUUUUUUUUUCAUUUGCUGUACUGCAUAGGAUAGGUUCUCAACAGUAAUUGUUUUAUAUAUUAUAUAUUUGAUGUUUUUCACAAACAAUUCCAAAGUGUGAUAUGUGAUCAUUUUCCAAAUUUUAUUUUGAUGUAUACCUUGAUUUACGUCUUUAUACAUGUAAUUGAUAUUAUUCAGGUAAGCUUUUCCUUGAAAUUGUCUUUGAUGUAGAAUUGUAAUUUUAAUAGUUGCUUUAGGUUGUUUGUUCAAAAAGAAGUGAAAUAGUGACUAGGUUCAUAUAUAUAUAUAUAUAAAUUAACACUUUGUUUAUUAUGUUCUAGAGAUUCAGAUAUUAUUCACAGAAAUUUAAUUCAUUAGGUAAAAGAUUAAAAACUACAGUAAUUUAA